AUGGUGUUAGAAAUUUCUGGGUCAAUGGCCAUUCGUGUCAUUGCUGAUAUCAGCCCAAUAGAUCUUAAAUCAUCAAAUAUUUUGCUUGGGUAUGACUUUAGAGAAAAAGUCUCGGAUUUUGGAUUGGUAAAACUUGCCCCUGAUGGCAAAAAAUCUGUAGUGACCAGGCUUGCUGGUACAUUUGGAUACUUGGCAGCAGAAUAUGCAGUGAUAGGAAAAGUUACCACCAAAGCAGAUGUUUUCAGUUUCGGCGUUGUUCUAAUGGAGCUGUUAAUUGGAUUAAUGGCACUUGAUGAAGAUAGACCUGAGGAAAGCCAGUACUUGGCAUCGUGGUUCUGGCAUGUAAAAUCAGACAAGGAGAAACUAAUGACUGCUGUUGACCCUGCCCUUGACAUAAAGGAAGAGAUGUUCGAUAUUGUCUCCAUCAUUGCCGAGUUAGCUGGGCACUGCACUACCAGGGAACCAAACCAAAGGCCAGAUAUGAGUCAUGUUGUGAAUGUGAGUAGUGAGGGUGAGGGAGGAAGAAUGAGAAUGGCCACUUCAGUGUCAGAUUUUUAUUGA